CCGUCGACCUCUGCUGCUGGCCUGUCGCUGCGUAGUGUAGUGUCAUCUUAUCUCUUCCUCCUACCUUCACUCUCAAAAUCUUCAGGGAGUCGUAGAGGAGCAGCAGGUGCACCAAAAGGAUGGCAGCGCCAGGCUCCCUGCGACUUCUCCAGGCCCCGUCCUUCGCUGCGGCCAAGUGCCAGCCGGUGGGUGGCCGGGCAUCCGCGCGGCGAGCGCCACGGCCACUGUUCGCCGUGCGCGCCUCGGCUGCUGACGCCGCCAACAGGGAUGCCGUGCUCAAGGCCUUCCGCGAGAACAGGGCUCUCAAGAUAAUUUCCGGUCUUCAGAACUUUGACAGGAGCAGUGUUGCAUCUGUUGUCACAGCUGCAGAUAAGGGAGGUGCAACACAUGUUGACAUAGCAUGUGACAAGGACUUAGUAAAGCUUGCCAUGGAUCUUACCAACCUUCCGAUCUGUGUCUCAUCUGUAGAUCCUUCAGCGUUCCAUUCUGCAGUACAAGCAGGAGCUAAAAUGGUUGAGAUUGGAAACUAUGAUUCUUUUUAUGAGAUGGGCAUUGAGUUCUCCUCUGAGCAGAUACUGAAGCUAACAAGGGAAACAAGGAAGAUGCUUCCAGACAUCACCUUAUCAGUAACAGUUCCUCACACACUUAGUUUGCCAGAUCAGAUGAGACUAGCAGAGCUACUCGAAGAGGAAGGAGCUGAUAUAAUCCAAACUGAGGGUGGGAAAUGUUCUAGCCCGACAAAACCUGGAGUGCUUGGAUUGAUUGAAAAGGCAACACCAACACUCGCCGCAGCAUACUCCAUCUCUCGGGCUGUUAGUAUUCCAGUGAUGUGCUCGUCAGGGUUAAGCUCGGUGACUGCACCAAUGGCAGUAACUGCAGGAGCUGCUGGAGUUGGAGUCGGUUCUGCUAUUAACAAACUCAACGACGUUGUGGCAAUGAUCGCUGAGGUGAGAAGCAUUGCGCAAGCAAUGGAGCUUGCGCCAAGAAUCGUGUCCGAAACCCUGAGAACAAUUAGUUACUAGUGGCUAGGAAUACCCUUGCCAUUUCUGAGCAAACUUGAGCAGUCAAUAAGAAAGCAAAAGAGAGGCAUCGACUCUGCAUUUUAUUCUCUCUACGCUGUCUUUUGCCUGUGGCAGUGAAUAGCGCAUUAGCAUCAUAGAAGUAUUAGCUUGAUCAAUGGAAGUUGUUCAUGCGCUUCUUCAUCGCUGCAAGUGUUGUCAUCUUGUCGAACUCACAAUAAGCUUAGAUAAGUGCUGGGUUUGUGGGAACAUCGUUUGUGCAAUAUAAAUGAGAUCUUGCACCUACAAA